UGUCCUCGACCAAGGUGGGAGGGAAGAUGGCGAGACGACGUCGUGGCUCCUCGGGCUCUGGCGGCGGAUGCGAGGAAGGACUCAAGAACAACAAGAAGGACAAGGACAAAGGACAGAGCGAGAGCAUCGUCCGCUACAGCAACAACAGCGGCGGCGGCGGCGGCGGCGGCGGCGGCGACGAGGCCAACACGAUAGCGACCACGACCGCCUCCGCCACGGACAUCACCGCCGCGACCACGACCACCACAGUUAAGAUAUCGAGCACGACGUCCACGGACGCGGCCGCCACCUCCCUGGGCGCCGGACUCAACCGCGCGCAGCCGAGCGGAGGAGGCGCUGGAGGAGGAGGAGGAGGAGGAGGCGCAGGAGGAGGAGCAGGAGGAGGAGGAGGAGGAGGAGGAGGCGCAGGAGGCGAGGCGGUGCCCACCACAGGCAGCACUUCCGCCUCGGGUACAACGACGGCCGGCCGAGGCAACAACCACCAGCGCUCAAGAAGGUGUUGCUUCUUAUGGUGCUGCUGCUGUCGGUGUUCAUGGCCCACGAUAGAGGAGAUCCGGGCGUGGAGUGAUUCUUUCGAUAAAUUAAUGAAGUGUUCAGGCGGACGUCAAGCGUUCCGGGACUUCCUCAAGUGCGAGUACUCGGAGGAGAACAUUCUGUUCUGGCAAGCGUGCGAGGACCUCAAGGUGGAGAACAACCCAGCUGUGAUCGAGGAGAAGGCCAGGCUCAUCUACGAGGAUUACAUUUCCAUUCUCUCGCCGAAGGAGGUAAGGGCGGCUGCGGGGGCCUCGCGCGCCCUCCUGCUCCUCGUUCGUCUCCCUGUUGACCAGGAUGACCUCUGA